UCACACACUCUCCGGGAUUGACGGCAGCAGUGCGACCCGCGGACAUGGAGGACCCAAGACUGGACUUUAUAGGAGACUAUGUGCUGAGGACUUUCAAACUGAAACAAGACAAAUGGCAGAAGUGCGUGUCCAGCGAGGACAACAGGCAGGUGCUGCAAGAGUUUUUGGACAGCGCCGAGCGGAGGACUCUGGUGGUGUCUGUGAGCGCAGCCGGGUUGCUGCAGCCCGCCGCAGGCUUCACAGCCGGCUGUAAGAGCAAGGCGGUGUACUUUGUGAAGCAAAGCAGGACAGCGCUACGUCCAGAGUCCAUGCAGGACAACCUGGUCUACGGGGACUUGUCUUACGCUCCACUGGAUCACUUUUCUGCUCUAGUUGAGGAGGUUGUGGCCCCACUGCUGUCUAACAGCAAAAACCAAAUUGAAUGGCCCAAGGUUGUGUGUCAGGACGUCUUACGCCACGUCCACUCCCUCAAGACCAAUGUGUUUGUGGUGUCAGGCCAAGUCCAAGGCAAAACGCUGCUGCCUCUCCCUGCAGGCUCCGAGAGAGUAGAGCAAGCUGCCCUGGAGACGGACAAAAGGGGGGAAAUUGUGGAUAAGAGUAUCAUCCACUCCUUGGAGUCAGCAGUGAUUGAGUGGAGCCAUCAGAUCCGCGCCGUCCUGAAGAAAGACUCCUCUGAGGCUCUGCUGGAGGGCAAAAACCCCACUCCACACACAGAGCUGCUCUUCUGGAAGAACAGAUAUGCAGACCUGGAAUGCAUCCACUCGCAGUUAAAAUCCUCAAAGGUGAAUAAGAUGGCAGUGCUGUUGGAGGCUGUGGAGAGCAGCUAUUCCCCUGCUUUUACUAAUAUGCAGCAAGAUGUCCUUGCAGCCUUGGAGGAGGCAAAGGACAUCUGCACCUACCUGAGGCCCCUGCAGCGCCUGUUUGAGGACAUGGAGAACGCAGAGUUUCCUGAUGUUAGGAGUCAGAUCGGCCCUUUGAUGCACACAGUGUGCCUGGUGUGGGCCAACUCCAGAUACUACAACACCCCAGCACGCCUCAUUGUUCUGCUGCAGGAGACCGCCAACCUCCUCAUACAACAGGCCCAGGUUUAUAUAGUCCCAGAAGAGGUUCUGAAAGGAGAGAUUUCAGAGAGUCUCCUGAAGGUGCAGACGAGCCUGGAGAUUCUGCAGCUCUUCAGGAGCACCUACGAGGACCGGAGGGCCAAUCUAAGCCAGUACCAGAAGAAUGGGAGCUUUGUGAGGCCUUGGGACUUUUCCCCACUGUUGGUCUUUUCCAGACUUGACCGUUUUAUCGACAGAGUCAGGACCAUUAAAGACAUCCUGUUUACAGCUGUGGACCUGCUGAAGCUUGAGAAAUUGGAAAUUGGAGGCGUCCGAGGCCGAGCGCUCAGCCAGCAGGUCCAGUUGCUCCACCAAGAGUUUGCGGACAUGUACAAAUUGUUCACAGACAAGCCUUAUGACUGCUUGGACCUCGACAACAGGGAAUAUGAAGAAGACGCGAGGGAGUUCAAACUUAAGGUGGAUGACACAGACCGACGACUAGGAGCCAUCUUCUGCCAGGCCUUUGAGGACGCCUCUGGACUUGAGCAUGCCUUCAAGGUUGUGGAUAUGUUUGGUAGCUUGCUGGAGCGCCCCUUAGUGGCCACAGACGCUCUGGACAGAUACCCCUUCCUCGUCUCCAUGUUUGACAAAGAGCUGGACGGCUGUAAACGUCUUUACAACAAACACAUCCAAACUGCAGAGGAGCAGGGUUGGACUCCAGUGAAUAAGAACAUGCCAGCUGUAGCUGGUGGGCUGAGAUGGGCUCAGGAGCUACAGCAGCGCAUCCAGACCCCCUUCUCCAAAUUCAGACACCUUUCCUACCCGUGCCUGGAGUCCGCAGAGGGAGCCAGGGUCAUCCAGAAGUAUGAGGAGAUGAUGCAACUGCUGGACAGAUACUCGGCCAGCCUGUAUGAGACAUGGACAGAGACCGUGGGCGAGAGUUCUCAGUACAACCUCAGCUUGCCAUUAAUCAGCAGAGACCCAACCACUCAGCUGAUCUCAGUCAACUUCAACCCGCAGCUGGCGUCGGUGCUGAGAGAAGUGAAGUACUUGGAGGCCAGACAGACCGAGGCCAUCCCUGAAACUGCGGUGCAGAUCUACACCACCAGGGGGCAGCUUUGGCAGUAUGUGGCCAACCUGGAGCUCACUGUGGGCCGAUACAACAAGGUGAUGCACUCUGUGCUCGAUGUGGAGCAUCCUCUGGUCCAGGGCCAGCUCAGGGACAUUGACGCUCAGCUCAAAAAGGCAGAGGAGAGUCUCAACUGGAACAGCCAAGAUAUUUGGCAGUAUAUCGAGGAAGUGCGAGACUCCGUCUGUGACCUGGAGAGCCGACUUCAGAGGACCAAGGACAAUGUGGAGGAGAUCCAGAGCUGCGUGAGGUCCUGGGCCAGCCCCAUGUUUGACAGGAAGGAGGGCAAAAAAGAUGCACUGCUCAGUCUGGAGGACAGGGCCGAGAGGCUGGACAAGUUUUACAGUCUGAUACGGUCUUCUGGAGAAAAGAUCCACUUCCUGCUAAAGAGCAAUCUGCAGCUGUUCAGAGCUGAGCAGACCUCUGAGGAGUGGAAGGCCUACGUUGACUACAUCGAUGACAUGAUCAUAGAUGGAUUCUUUAACAGCAUCGAGUGCUCUCUCAAGUUCUUCUUGGAUAACACUGACCAGAGAGCUGUGGUGGCCCCUCUGUUUGAGGCUCAGCUAGAUCUGAAGGUCCCUGACAUGGUGUUCACUCCAUCUCUGGAGUUUGGGGCAGGAGACAGCUUCUUUGAGCUGGUGGAGAGCCUCAUCAAUGAUGUGUUCAGAACCUCCUCACUGGUGCCACGUCUGGCCCAACAUAGCCCCUUCCCACACUACCAGGCUGACAUGGAGGACAUGGCUGAUCUGGCUGACAUGCGUCAUCUCCUCAUGGAACGCGUGCAGGGCAUCAUGGCAACAUGCUGCGAGUUUCGCAACUCUCUGGAGCGUUAUAGUUACCUGUAUGUGGAUGACAGGAAGGAGUUCAUGCGUCAGUUCCUUCAGUACGGCCACAUUCUCACCAGCCAGGAGACGGAGGUUGAUGCUGAUGAUGGCGUUUCAGGGAGCCCACCCACAUUGGAUAAAUUUAGAGAACAGGUGGACGGGUAUGAGAAGAUUUAUGAAGAGGUGCAGGGUCUGGAGCCGGUGCAUGUGUUUCACGGCUGGAUGAGGGUGGAUGGCCGUAGCAUGAAGAGUGCCUUGCUCAAUGUCAUCAAGAAGUGGAGCUUUAUGUUCAAACAGCACCUCAUCGACCAUGUUACCAACAGUUUGUCAGAUCUGGAGAAGUUUAUCAGUGUUGCAGAGGCUGGCCUGAGCCAGCAUGUGGAGGAGGGUGACUAUGGUGGCCUGGUGGGAGUCCUGGGUCACCUCCUGGCUGUUAAGGAAAGACAAAAUAGCACAGAUGCCAUGUUUGAGCCUCUGCAGCAAACCAUUGCUCUGCUAAAGGUCUAUGAACAAGAGCUGCCUGACGUGGUCUACAAACAGUUGGAGGACUUGCCAGAACAGUGGAACAAUGUGAAAAAGCAGGCUGUGUUAGUCAAACAGCAUGUGGCGCCUCUGCAGGCCAUCGAGGUGGCCAGCCUGCGUCGAAAGUGUGCUUCAUUUGAUGUGGAGCAACACACCUUUAGGGAGCACUUUCGCAACGUUGGGCCCUUCAGGUUUGACAGCGAGAGCCCCUACCAGAUGUUGGAUGCAUUCCACCGGCAGAUCCAGGAUCGGGAGGCAGUGAUGGCCUCUCUGGUGGAUUCUGCCAACCUAUUCGAGGUCACUGUCUCUGAGUACAAACAGCUCAGACAAUGCAGGCGUGAAGUGGGCCUGCUGAAGGAACUGUGGGACAUGAUCACCGUGGUGGAAUCCAGCAUGGCCGCAUGGAGGAUGACUCCCUGGAGAGAGAUCCAUGUUGAGGACAUGGAGCUAGAGUGCAAACGCUUCUCUAAAGAUAUAAGGGGUCUGGAUAAAGAGGUUCGAGCGUGGGAGGCCUUCACAGGUUUGGACGGUAGGGUAAAGAACCUCCUCAUCUCCCUCCGGGCUGUGGCAGAGCUCCAGAACCCAGCCAUACGAGCCCGACACUGGCAUCAGCUGAUGGCUGCUACUGGAGUCCGCUUCACCAUGGACCAGGAGACCACUCUUGCCGACCUGCUGCAGCUGAACCUGCACUGCUUUGAAGAGGAGGUGAGAGGGAUCGUGGACAAGGCUGUUAAAGAGAUGGGAAUGGAGAAAGUCCUCUCUGAGCUUAACUCCACAUGGACAGGCAUGCAGUUCCAGUAUGAGCCCCACCACCGGACCCAGGUGCCUCUGCUGCGUACAGACGAAGAACUGAUCGAGACUCUGGAGGACAACCAAGUGCAGCUGCAGAACCUCAUGUCAUCCAAGUACAUCGCCUACUUCCUGGAUGAAGUGUCAUCAUGGCAGAGCAAGCUGUCCGUGGCUGACUCUGUCAUCUCCAUCUGGUUCGAGGUGCAGCGAACAUGGACCCACCUGGAAAGCAUCUUCAUUGGCUCCGAGGAUAUUCGCUCACAGCUGCCUGAGGACUCCAGGCGCUUCGAGGGGAUUGAUGCUGAUUUCAAAGAGCUGGCGAACGCAGUGCAUCAAACGCCCAAUGUAGUGGAGGCCACAAAUAAACCAGGGCUGUUUGGUAAACUGGAGGACAUCCAAAGCAGGCUUUCUCUAUGUGAAAAAGCUCUGGCAGAAUAUCUGGACACCAAGCGUCUGGCCUUCCCAAGAUUUUACUUUAUCUCUUCAGCUGAUCUGCUGGACAUCCUGUCGAACGGGACUAACCCAAACCAGGUCCAGAAGCAUCUGUCUAAGCUGUUUGACAACAUGGCUAAGAUGCAGUUUGAAGCAGAUGGAGAGGGGAAUCCUUCUAAGACUGGUCUGGGCAUGUACAGCAAGGAGGAUGAAUAUGUCCCCUUUAAUGAGCCUUGUGAUUGUACUGGACAGGUGGAGUUGUGGCUAAACCGGGUCCUGGACAGCAUGCGCUCCACGGUCCGACAUGAGAUGACUGAGGCGGUGACAGCCUAUGAGGACAAACCCAGAGAGCAGUGGCUGUUUGACUAUCCUGCUCAGGUGGCACUGACCUGCACACAAAUCUGGUGGACUUCUGAUGUCGGCAUGGCGUUUGCCCGUCUUGAGGAGGGCUAUGACAACGCCAUGAAAGAGUACUACAGGAAACAGGUGUCCCAGCUUAAUACCCUCAUCUCCAUGCUGAUUGGGCAGCUUACACCUGGCGAUCGACAGAAGGUCAUGACGAUCUGCACCAUUGACGUCCAUGCAAGAGACGUGGUGGCCAAGAUGAUCGCUCAGAAGGUGGAGAACUCUCAGGCCUUUGUGUGGCUGUCCCAGCUGAGACACCGAUGGGAUGAAAAGGAGAGGCAUUGUUUUGCCAACAUUUGCGAUGCUCAGUUUCUCUACUCCUACGAAUACCUGGGCAACACGCCACGAUUAGUCAUCACUCCUCUGACGGACAGAUGCUACAUCACCCUGACCCAGUCCCUCCACCUGACCAUGAGCGGUGCUCCGGCAGGGCCUGCAGGCACAGGGAAGACUGAGACUACCAAAGACUUGGGCAGAGCCCUUGGCAUCAUGGUCUAUGUGUUUAACUGCUCUGAGCAGAUGGACUACAAGUCCUGUGGAAACAUCUACAAAGGCCUUGCUCAGACGGGGGCAUGGGGCUGCUUUGACGAAUUUAACAGGAUCUCAGUGGAGGUGCUGUCUGUGGUGGCAGUACAGGUGAAAAGCAUUCAGGACGCCAUCCGAGAUAGGAAGCAGAGGUUUAACUUCAUGGGAGAGGAGGUAAAUAUUUGCCCCUCUGUUGGCAUCUUCAUCACAAUGAAUCCAGGCUACGCUGGCAGGACUGAGCUACCUGAGAACCUCAAGGCUCUGUUCAGACCAUGUGCCAUGGUGGUGCCAGACUUUGAGCUGAUAUGUGAAAUCAUGUUGGUGGCCGAGGGCUUCCUGGACGCUCGAGUGCUGGCUAGGAAGUUUAUCACCCUCUACACACUGUGUAAAGAGCUGUUGUCCAAACAGGACCACUAUGACUGGGGCCUCCGAGCCAUCAAGUCUGUCCUGGUGGUGGCUGGCUCUCUGAAGAGAGGAGACCCCGGCCGAGCAGAGGACCAGGUGCUGAUGCGAGCUCUGAGAGACUUCAACAUCCCCAAGAUUGUGACUGAUGACAUGCCAGUGUUCAUGGGCCUGAUAGGAGACCUGUUUCCUGCUCUGGAUGUCCCCAGGAAGAGAGACCUGGACUUUGAGAAGCAUGUAAAGGAGUCAAUUUUGGAUUUGAAGUUACAAGCCGAGGACAAUUUUGUCCUCAAGGUGGUGCAGCUGGAGGAGCUGCUGGCAGUGCGUCACUCUGUGUUUGUGAUCGGGAACGCAGGCACUGGGAAGAGCCAGGUGAUGAGGUCACUCCAAAGGACUUAUCAGAACAUGAAGCGCAGACCUGUGUGGGCGGACCUCAACCCAAAGGCUGUGACCAAUGAUGAGCUCUUUGGCAUCAUUAACCCGGCAACCAGAGAAUGGAAAGAUGGCCUGUUCUCUAGUAUAAUGCGUGAACUGGCGAAUGUCAGUCACAGUGGACCUAAGUGGAUUGUUUUGGAUGGAGACAUUGACCCAAUGUGGAUUGAGUCACUCAACACAGUCAUGGAUGACAACAAGGUGCUGACUCUAGCCAGUAAUGAGCGGAUCCCUCUGAACCCUACCAUGAGGCUGGUGUUUGAGAUCAGCCACCUUCGCACUGCUACCCCCGCUACAGUGUCUAGAGCAGGCAUCCUUUACAUAAACCCAGCAGACCUAGGCUGGAACCCGCCAGUGACGAGCUGGAUCGACAGGCGGGAGGUCCAAUCAGAGAAAGCCAACCUGACCAUAUUGUUUGACAAGUACCUACCCUCUUGCCUGGAUGGCCUGAGAUCAAGGUUUAAGAAGAUCAUCCCUAUCCCUGAGCAGAGCAUGGUCCAGAUGCUGUGCUACUUGCUGGAGUGUCUGCUGACACCAGAAAACACCCCGCCAGACUGCGCCAAGGAACUUUAUGAGCUCUAUUUUGUCUUUGCUGCUGUCUGGGCCUUUGGGGGAGCCAUGUUCCAGGACCAGCUGGUCGACUACAGAGUGGAGUUCAGCAAGUGGUGGGUGGCCGAGUUCAAAACCAUUAAAUUCCCAUCCCAGGGCACUGUGUUUGAUUACUACAUCGACCCCGAGAGCAAGAAGUUUGAACCCUGGUCCAAGAUGGUGCCCAAGUUUGAGAUGGACACAGAUACACCUCUGCAGGCAUGUCUGGUCCACACUACAGAGACCAUUCGGGUUCGUUACUUCAUGGACCGCCUUCUGGAAUGUCGUCGGCCCGUCAUGCUGGUGGGGAAUGCAGGGACAGGAAAGUCUGUUUUGGUUGGGGACAAACUGGGAUCACUGGAUGCAGAGAAAUACAUGGUUAAAAAUGUCCCCUUCAACUAUUACACCACGUCUGCUAUGCUCCAAGCUGUGUUGGAAAAGCCCCUUGAGAAGAAAGCAGGGCGCAACUACGGACCUCCAGGCAGCAGAAGACUGAUCUACUUCAUAGACGACAUGAAUAUGCCCGAGGUGGAUGCAUAUGGAACAGUGCAACCUCACACACUCAUACGCCAACACAUGGACUACAACCACUGGUAUGACCGUAAUAAGCUGCUUCUGAAGGAAAUACACAGCGUUCAAUACGUGUCCUGCAUGAACCCCACAGCCGGCAGCUUCACCAUCAAUCCACGACUGCAGCGCCACUUCUCUGUCUUCGCCCUGUCCUUUCCUGGAGCCGAGGCCCUGAGCACUAUCUACACUUCCAUCCUGUCUCAACACCUGAAAGGAGAGGGCUUCAGCGCAGCCCUGCAGAAGAGCUGUCCCACUGUGGUCCAGUUAGCCUUGGCCCUGCACCAGCGCAUGUCCUCCACCUUCCUCCCCACUGCAGUCAAGUUCCACUACAUCUUCAACCUGCGAGACCUCUCCAACAUAUUCCAGGGCAUUCUCUUCUGUACCGGCGAGUGUCUAAAAGCCCCUCCGGACUUGCUGAAAAUCUACCUGCACGAGUCCAACCGGGUCUACAGAGACAAGCUAGUAGAGGAGCAGGACUUCCAGGUCUUUGAUAAGCUGCAGGCAGACACACUAAAAAAGUUCCACGAGGACAUGGAGGACACUCUGGAGCAGACCAGGGAGAUGAACCUGUACUGCCACUUUGCCCGUGGGCUGGGGGAGGCCAGGUACAUGGCUGCGGAGUCCUGGAGCAGCCUCAAUAAAACUCUGCUAGAGGUGCUGGACAGCUACAAUGAGGUCAACGCCACACUAAACCUGGUGCUGUUUGAGGACGCCAUGGCUCACAUCUGCCGUAUAAACCGAAUCCUGGAGUCCCCACGGGGGAAUGCGCUGCUGGUCGGAGUGGGUGGCAGCGGCAAGCAGAGUCUGACCCGACUGGCUGCCUUCAUCUCCAAUCUGGAGGUUUUCCAGAUCACCUUGAGAAAAGGAUACAGUAUUACCGACCUCAAGAGUGACCUGGCGUCCCUCUACAUCAAAGCUGGCGUGAAGAAUAUUGGCACCGUAUUCCUAAUGACUGACGCCCAAGUGGCAGACGAGAAGUUCCUCGUUCUGGUCAACGAUCUGUUGGCAUCUGGAGAGAUUCCUGACCUGUUCCCAGAUGACGAGGUGGAGAACAUCAUUGGCAGCGUGAGGCCAGAGGUCCGCGGCUCGGGAUUGAUGGAUACGAGAGAAAACUGCUGGAAGUUCUUCAUCGACCGGGUUCGCCGACAGCUCAAGGUGGCUCUGUGUUUCUCUCCAGUUGGUAGUAAACUGAGGGUUCGCAGCAGGAAGUUCCCUGCAGUGGUGAACUGCACAGCCAUCGACUGGUUCCACGAGUGGCCGCGGGAGGCGCUGGAGUCGGUCAGCUUCAAGUUCCUCCAGGAGGUGGAGAAUAUUGAGCCUGAAGUGAAAGAAUCAGUCAGUAAAUUCAUGGCAUACGUCCACAUGAGCGUCAAUCAGAUGUCCAAGGACUACCUGGCCAACGAGCGACGCUACAAUUACACCACGCCCAAGUCUUUCCUGGAACAGAUCAAGUUGUAUCGUAGUCUGCUGGGCCAGAAGAGCAAAGACCUCACCACCAAGAUGGAGCGGCUGGAGAACGGCCUGCAGAAGCUCAACAGCACCUCAGCUCAGGUGGAUGACCUUAAGGCCAAGCUGGCUGCUCAGGAAGUGGAACUCAAGCAGAAGAACGAGGACGCUGACAAGUUGAUCCAGGUGGUUGGGAUAGAAACUGAGAAGGUGUCCAAGGAGAAGGCAGUGGCUGAUGAGGAAGAGCAAAAGGUGGCAGCCAUUGCUGUGGUGGUCAGCGGCAAACAGAGAGACUGCGAGGAGGACUUGGCCAAGGCAGAACCAGCUCUCCUUGCUGCUCAGGAUGCCCUUAACACUCUCAAUAAGAACAACCUGACAGAGUUGAAGUCGUUCGGCUCUCCGGUGGCCGCUGUGACCAACGUCACAGCGGCAGUCAUGGUCCUGACAGCAGUCGGCGGCAAAGUGCCCAAGGAUCGCAGCUGGAAGGCGGCAAAGGUGAUGAUGGCCAAAGUGGACACAUUCCUGGACUCUCUGAUAAACUUCAACAAGGAAAACAUCCCAGAGGCUUGCCUGAAAGCUAUUCAGCCUUACCUGCAGGAUCCAGAGUUCAAGCCAGAUCUAAUUGCCUCCAAGUCGAACGCGGCGGCCGGCCUGUGCUCCUGGGUUUUAAACAUUGUCAAGUUCUACGAGGUUUACUGUGAGGUGGAGCCCAAGCGUCAGGCUCUGAGCAAGGCCAACGCAGAGCUGGCUGCUGCACAGGAGAAGCUUGCCGCCAUCAAAAGCAAGAUCAAUCACCUUAAUGAGAACCUGGCCAAGCUGACAGCCAAGUUUGAGAAAGCCACCACAGACAAGCUAAAGUGCCAACAGGAAGCAGAGUCAACCGCGCGCACCAUUUCCCUGGCCAACCGCCUGGUAGGGGGUCUGGCAUCGGAGAACAUCCGCUGGGCGGAGGCCGUAGAAAACUUUAAGAAGCAGGAGAGGACUCUCUGUGGGGACGUCCUCCUCAUCACCGCCUUCAUCUCCUACCUUGGAUACUUCACCAAGCGCUAUAGGCUCCAGCUUAUGGACAACACCUGGAGGCCUUAUCUCAGUCAGCUAAAGGUUCCCAUCCCAGUGACACCUGACCUGGACCCUCUGACCAUGCUGACAGAUGAUGCUGACAUUGCGGCUUGGCAGAACGAGGGGCUGCCCGCUGACAGGAUGUCCACAGAGAACGCCACAAUUCUCACUUCCUGCCAGCGCUGGCCCCUCAUGGUGGACCCCCAGCUGCAGGGUAUCAAGUGGAUCAAGACCAAAUAUGGCGAAAACCUACAUGUCAUUCGUAUCGGACAGAGAGGGUACCUGGAUGCCAUAGAGAGAGCACUGGCAGCAGGUGAUGUGGUUCUGAUAGAGAAUUUGGAGGAAACACUGGAUCCUGUUCUUGGACCUCUGCUGGGCAGAGAAACCAUAAAGAAGGGCAGGUGCAUAAAAAUUGGAGACAAGGAGUGCGAGUACAAUCCCAGUUUCCGCCUCAUCCUGCACACCAAGCUCGCUAGCCCUCAUUACCAGCCGGAGCUGCAGGCUCAGUGCACCUUGAUAAAUUUCACAGUGACCAGAGAUGGUCUGGAAGACCAGCUGCUGGCUGCGGUGGUCAGCAUGGAGAGACCUGACCUAGAACAGCUGAAGUCCGACCUGACGAAGCAGCAAAAUGGAUUCAAGAUCACUCUAAAGACGCUGGAGGACAACCUGCUGUCCCGUUUGUCCUCGGCUUCAGGAAACUUCCUGGGUGACACAGAGUUGGUGGAAAACCUGGAGACGACCAAACGCACAGCUGCCGAGAUUGAAGAGAAGGUAAAAGAAGCCAAGGUGACAGAGGCCAAAAUCAAUGAGGCUCGGGAGCACUACCGACCAGCAGCAGCACGGGCAUCCUUAUUGUACUUCAUAAUGAACGACCUCAAUAAAAUCCACCCCAUGUACCAGUUCUCUCUCAAGGCAUUCAGUGUGGUCUUCCAGAAAGCAGUUCUGAAGGCCGAGCCGGAUGAGGCUCUGAAGCAGCGGGUGUCCAACCUAAUUGACAGCAUCACCUCCUCAGUCUUCCAGUACACCACCAGAGGCCUAUUUGAAUGUGACAAGCUCACGUACAUCGCCCAGCUCGCCUUCCAGAUCCUGUUGAUGAAUAAAGAAAUAAAUCCUGCAGAGCUGGACUUCCUCCUGAGAUACCCUGUGCAACCAGGUGUAAUAUCACCGGUGGAUUUCCUGUCCAACCACUCCUGGGGAGGGAUCAAGUCCCUGUGCUCCAUGGAGGAGUUCAGGAACCUGGACCGAGACAUCGAGGGCUCAGCCAAACGUUGGAAGAAGUUUGUGGAGUCCGAGUGUCCAGAAAAAGAGAAAUUCCCACAGGAGUGGAAGAACAAAACCUCUCUCCAGAGACUGUGCAUGAUGAGGGCCCUGAGGCCUGACCGAAUGACGUACGCCGUCAGAGACUUUGUAGAGGAGAAACUGGGGAGUAAGUACGUGAUUGGCAGAUCACUGGACUUCGCUGUCUCCUUUGAAGAGUCGGGCCCAGCUACGCCCAUGUUCUUCAUCCUCUCUCCUGGAGUUGACCCUUUGAAGGAUGUGGAGAAACAUGGGAAGGGGCUGGGCUUCACAUUUGACAACAAGAACUUCCACAAUGUUUCUCUGGGCCAGGGCCAGGAGGUUAUAGCUGAACAAGCCCUCGAUUUAGCAGCGAAGAACGGCCACUGGGUGAUUUUACAGAAUAUCCACUUGGUUGCUCGCUGGCUGGGUACUUUAGAGAAACUUCUGGAGCAGCACGCAGAGGGAAGCCAUGAGAACUUUAGGGUGUUUGUCAGUGCAGAGCCCUCCUCCACCCCUGAGGGCCACAUCAUCCCACAGGGCAUCCUGGAGAACUCCAUCAAGAUCACCAAUGAACCACCUACUGGCAUGCACGCCAACCUGCACAAGGCCCUGGACAACUUCAACCAGGACACGCUGGAAAUGUGUGCACGGGAGAAUGAGUUUAAGAGCAUUUUGUUUGCCCUGUGCUACUUCCAUGCGGUGGUGGCAGAGAGGAGGAAGUUUGGUCCUCAGGGCUGGAACAGAUCAUACCCCUUUAACACUGGAGACCUCACCAUUUCUAUCAACGUCCUCUACAACUACCUGGAGGCCAAUCCUAAGGUGCCGUAUGAUGACCUGCGCUACCUGUUCGGUGAGAUCAUGUACGGGGGUCACAUCACGGACGACUGGGACCGCCGUCUGUGCCGUACCUACCUGGAAGAAUAUAUCAAGCCUGAGAUGAUGGAGGGAGAGCUGUUCCUAGCACCCGGCUUCGCUGUGCCUGGAAACAUGGACUACAACAGCUACCACCAGUACAUUGACCAAACCCUACCUGCCGAGUCGCCCUACCUGUACGGCCUUCAUCCCAAUGCUGAGAUCGGCUUCCUCACACAAACCUCAGAGAAGCUUUUUCGCACGGUGCUGGAAAUGCAACCCAGGGACGGAGGUGGCGGUGAGGGUGGCGGGACGACGCGUGAGGAAAAGGUCCGCACGAUGCUGGAGGAGAUCAUGGAGAAGCUUCCAGAGGAGUUCAACAUGGCCGAGCUGCUGGGGAAGGCGGAGGAGAGGACUCCCUACCAGGUGGUGGCACUACAGGAGUGUGAGCGCAUGAACCUCCUCACACAGGAGAUCAGACGCUCUCUCUGCGAGCUCAGCCUGGGACUCAAGGGAGAGUUAACCAUGACCAGUGAUAUGGAGAACCUUCAGAAUGCUAUUUUCUUGGACAUGGUGCCAGACAGUUGGACCAAGCGGGCUUACCCCUCCAUGUCUGGCCUGGCCCUGUGGUUUACUGACCUGCUGGCCAGGAUUAAGGAGCUGGAAGCCUGGUCAGCAGACUUCGUCUUACCCUCUGUGGUGUGGCUGGCUGGCUUCUUCAACCCACAGUCCUUCCUCACAGCCAUCAUGCAGGCUAUGGCUCGAAGGAACGAGUGGCCUCUGGACAGGAUGUGUCUGCAGUGUGAUGUCACCAAGAAGAAUCGCGAGGACUUCACUGUACCACCUCGUGAAGGAGCCUAUGUACAUGGGCUGUACAUGGAGGGUGCACGCUGGGACACACAGACUGGCAUGAUUGUUGAUGCUCGCCUGAAAGAACUCACCCCAACCGUGCCAGUCAUCUUCAUCAAAGCCAUUCCUGUGGACAAACAGGAGAGCAGGAAUGUUUACCAGUGUCCUGUGUAUAAGACCCGCCAGAGGGGCCCCACCUACGUGUGGACCUUCAACCUGAAGACCAAAGAAAAUCCCUCAAAGUGGACAUUAGCUGGAGUGGCCUUGCUUCUCCAGAUCUAGCAGGAGUCAGAGUGCUUCAUUGUGGUUAUGGUGCCAACAGGGUCAAUUCACUUUGGGCCAAAUAUUUUAAAGCAAGACUGUGUUACUUUUAAAAGAAGAAAUAUUGCAGUUUUCCUCUUGCAAAUGAAAGGUUGAGGUUAUAAGGAAUCCGACACAUACUCAGUUCAGUACACUCAGGGGUUUUGUUGCUGCAGCCUUACUUGGUCUGGUGUGACCAGUAGUUUAUGGUGGCUGAUGUUAGCAAACAUUUGAUAGAUGUAGCUGUGUCACUGACUAAUUACUGACUCAGUUUUCUAACUUACUAACUUUAUGACUCAUCUCUACUUGUGCUAUUUUUACACUAGGUUUUUAAGUCCCCCUUCAGACAGAUUUUAAAGUUUUAUACCAACAUUUUGUUUUACAGUGUUUUUGCAAUCAAAACAAAAGAAAAAAACUUCCAGAAGGGGCUGGAAGUACAUCUACUCUUUCCCCCUCAUUGAGAAAUUCUGAACAGAUUUCACUAUACAUGUUUGAGCGUCAGUCAGACUCAGAUGAGGAGUUUGUUGUUGCACCAAAAUCAGCAACUAGCAGACAUAUCAGAAUGGUAAGUGUAGUUAGUAUCUUUUAUUUGUUUAUGUUGUUUGUUAGCUUGUUAGCCUUUAGGAUACCGGCAGUAGCUGACACGGUGUUAGUGAUUGUGAAACAUACAAUUAUAUCUGCUUUAAUGGUACAUUGUGUUCACAUUGCUCCGGUUAACAUCCAAAAACUGCACUCUACCAUGUUUGCUGUCCAAACUCUCACUAUGCUAAUGCUAACUCUGCUCUCUAUAAUGACUGGUCCACUCUGUGCUAGAGGUCUGCUACUCCUGUUGAUAUGUGUUUCCCAUAUUAGACAGCAAUUGGCUUUUGUGUUAGUGACAUUACCUAAUCUAGCUUGCCAGCUAAGCCAAAGUGCACAGAUAUCACCACCUUCACUGAAGCAAUGUGACAAACUUUCCACAGACACAAGCCAGUAUAGUCAAGGUCAGACAGCACGCAGGACAAAAACAUAAGAAAGAAUCAUGUUAGAAUGGAGGGGGACUUAAAGCAUGUCACAAAACCAAAACAAAAUGUAAACAAACUGAAACCAUAUGCCAUAAAGCUUCAAUUGAAAGCCAAGUCCCAUUUAAAUGCAGAGUGCCUUUAACAGCGAGGUCUGGUUACACAUUUGGACACUGGAUCUGGUUGACAUUGAUGCUGGGGAACAGUUCCUUUUUAUCGUCCUUUGGAUGGACAAAAUCUGGUAAAGCACACCAAUUGUCAGCUACCUGCUUAAGCCAGCGUUAGCUGAAUUGCCAGUACUGUUUGAAGAGAAUAAUAUUGGUAUUUCGUCGGUAUGCUGUAAGUCUUUCUCUCUCUUUCUCCCUCCAAUGCACUGUGUCGAGUGGUAGAUCAAAUGAAUGAUUCGUAAUUUGAUAGCCUAAUUUUCAUACAAGUACUAUUCAUACCGUUUCAAAUAAACAAUUUAAUAGUAGGCUAAUUCUUGUCUUUGCAGAGCAAGAGUUUUGUAUGAAAGGAAUUAAAAGCCCAUCCUAUAUAGACACCUGUUUCAGAUACACACCAGUUGAGGUCAGUGAUUGAAGCAAAUAAUAGCCCGGGCUAUUAAUUGAAGUUUUACGGUAUAUUGAGAAGACAUGUUUCAUGUUUCUAGCUUGAGGUCGCAUCCCACUUGGGAGACUUUCGAGCAACCAGGACGACCUGCAAGAUGAGGGUUACAUGACAGACAGAGACAGAUGAAGGCAUCAGUAGGCUACUUUUUGGUGCCUAUUUAGUUUACUCGCACUAUAAGAAUGCAAUUAGUGUAGAAGCAGGCAACACAAAAUAAGUAAAACUCACAUUUCACCAAAGGGAAAAUGUAGUUACACUUGUUAAUCUUUUUUUAUUUUUUCCACCUCUAUAUAUUUUUGUCAGAGCAGUGCCAAUGAAAGAAACAAACUCACUACCAAUAAGUAGCAGCCCAGCCUUUCUCUACAAUAUGACAUGACACCCCUUAUGAGCAGUCAUUCAAACACAGUUAAUUAGAGAGAAUGUAUAAUGUGAAAUAUCAGAUAGUGAAGAGGGCACGGCUCAGUGCCACUCAAUGCAACUGUCAGUUGCAGGCUGUGAUGGUCCCUAGAGAGUCUCCCAAUUCCACCCACUCUGUUAGGUCACAAAAUGAUUGUCUUUAAACCAACAGACUGAAAAGCUCUUGAAAUGAAGGGAAAUUCCAGCCCAUUCACCAGAAUACACUGUCAGCCUUGUACAUUUCUGGCUGAGUUUGUCAUCAGGAGAGGGAAGGAAUGGUUGAUGACACCUAGGUGAAACAGUGGAUUGUGAAUGGAAAUUCACUGUGCUAUAUACUGUAAUUACUCUCUGGGGCUACAGCGACCACUGUUGCAAAAAUUACAUAGUCUCACUUUUAUAUCUCACUUCUAGGUUCAGAUCUUGUACAUUUUCUGGUGUCAUGGCCAGUGGCAGGAAAUCUCUCUACCGACCCGCAGGAAGUUGUGACGUGACACAUCUCAAGAGUAGAGCCCAAAGUGUCUCAGAAACGACUGAAAGAGAAAGUACCAGCAUGAGAUCGUUUGCCUCUCUCGUCGGGUACUUGCUUUCUGGGUGUUAACAUUUCAGAUUUGCUUUUUUUGCCAUUCAAUGGUUUUAAUGUGUAAAAUUGCCUUUAAAUGCAGCUCUCUGAGCCCUCAGUUGUUAAAGACCAUUAAAAUCAGCCAUGACUAGUUUGUUGACUUUGGUUGAACUACUGUAUCUAACUUAUUAAAAUGCUAAUUAUCUGUAUGUGUUUGAGGACAAAUUCUAGCAGUAUCAUGCAUCUGUGAGUCACUUUAUGAGGAGGUGUUAUAAAGCUGCAGCUGGUUGGGAAAUAUCACAGAAUAAAUUGAACUAUUGGGUGAUUUCACACAUUUUAGCUGAAUCCAAAUCUGUAAAAGUACGUACAGUAUGUACACAUUUUCUAAUAACAUAAUAAUGUCUUAAUUGAUCAUAUAGAUUUAUGUUUUUGUGUGUAUACAAAUCAUUUUACAUUAAUUUCCACUUUCCAAAACUUCCAGAGUAAAGAUGCUUUAUCUUGUCAUUCCAGAUUGUGCAUUUGGUUUUAUUUUCACAUACUCUAUAAUAUAUCCCACUUUAGUGCCAAUAUGCAGUCAGUCCCCUAUCUCCCGUUUCCAGUCUCCCAGUCCUGCCUUCUCUCUUCCAAGUCUUUAGACCAACUCUCUCUUCCUCCUCUCUCUCUCCUCCUCCUCCUCCUACUUCACUCCUUUUUUCUUCCGUCCUCCCCAUUUGAGAUUAAACGGCCCUCUCCACAGCAGAAAGUGGGGAGUCUCACAGAUAUAUCCCUUAACAACACGUACAGUAGAUGCACACGUGCGCACUACAGUAUAAGCAAGUUCUUUUUCUUCCUUGUUCUCUUGCUGUCUCAGCCCAAGUUCCCCGGCGUCUCCUUUAUCUAGUUAUUAGAGAGUCUUAACAAUGCAUGGAGGUGUGAGGAGGAGGAGCAGAUGAGGGGAAGUAGGAGGAGGAAAGCAAUGAUGCAGGUUGAGGCAAUUUAUGUAGAACUCCCAAAUUACACCUUCCGGUGGCAUUAUGAAAAUAGAUUCUGCCUGUGUGUACGUUACCCAUGCAACUGUAGUCUGGCUUUGCACAGGAGAAAUAUUCUGGCCUGUAGUGCAGCAGUGGUGCUGCAAAAAUGUUCGUAUGCGCUAAAGUAUUACAAACUCAUUCAGUUGACCCUUUGCUAAGCCCUGACUCCCUUAGUUACUGUUGCUAUGCUUGCCCAGCUUCCCAUGCGCACGGCACAUACAGUUUACAAUGGUGGCAGAUUUACUACUCCAACAAUGAGUCUGAAAUUUCACACACAAGUAAACGAAAGCAGCUUUUAAUUUCCAGCCAAUAACCUUCAUUUUUAUCAGCUGAAAGGACAAGUAGGUAGCUAGUGUCAGCUAAUUGCCAAAUGCUAACCCAGAGAGUUGGUUAAAAAGUCCUUCUGCAGCUGAUUUUUUGUUUUCAAGUGACAAGUUUUAAAUGAGAGCCCAGUAAAAAGCCCUUACAGUAUGUUAGCACUUGACAGCUACAUUUUACAGUCAAUAAGUCCAUAUCCUCACCAGCUGAUGAACCAUGUAUAAGAUAUGAAAAUAAAAGAGCAGACUUGUUCUCUGAUCAGCCCUACGCUGCCUUUCUCUUCCUCCAACCCAAUCAGAGGAAGAGUAGGGCAGUUCAUGCCUAGGAAA